AGAUCCGGGGGCGCCGGCGCGGCGCAUGCGCGCUGCAUUGUUUUGACUGAAAAUGCCGUCGGUUUCGAAAGCCGCGGCGGCGGCGCUGAGCGGGUCCCCCCCGCAGACCGAGAAACCAACCCACUACAGGUAUCUAAAGGAGUUUAGGACAGAGCAAUGCUCCCUGUUUUUGCAGCAUAAGUGCAGCCAGCACAGGCCGUUCACCUGUUUCCAUUGGCAUUUCCUAAAUCAGCGUCGGCGCAGACCGCUCCGACGACGCGAUGGCACCUUCAACUACAGCCCAGACGUAUACUGCUCCAAGUACGAUGAGGCCACCGGCCUGUGUCCCGAUGGUGAUGAAUGCCCUUACCUGCAUCGAACGACUGGGGACACGGAGCGCAAGUACCAUCUGCGCUACUACAAGACAGGCACAUGCAUUCACGAGACAGAUGCACGGGGCCACUGUGUGAAGAAUGGGCUGCACUGUGCCUUUGCACACGGGCCCCUGGACCUUCGGCCGCCUGUGUGUGACAUCAGGGAGCUUCAGGCUCAGGAAGCCCUGCAGAAUGGCCAGCUCAGUGGAGGGGAUGGUGUGCCUGAUCUGCAGCCUGGGGUCUUGGCCAGCCAGGCCAUGAUUGAGAAGAUUCUUGGUGAGGAUCCACGGUGGCAAGACAGUAACUUUGUGUUGGGCAGCUAUAAGACCGAGCAGUGUCCGAAGCCACCACGCCUAUGUCGCCAGGGCUAUGCCUGUCCACACUACCACAACAGCAGAGACCGUCGUCGGAACCCCAGGAGGUUCCAGUACAGGUCUACGCCCUGUCCUAGUGUGAAGCAUGGUGAUGAGUGGGGGGAGCCCUCACGGUGUGACGGUGGGGACAGCUGUCAGUACUGCCAUUCCCGCACAGAGCAGCAGUUCCAUCCUGAGAUCUACAAAUCUACAAAAUGCAACGAUAUGCGCCAAACUGGCUACUGCCCUCGGGGCCCUUUCUGUGCCUUUGCACACAUGGAGAAGAACCUGGGUAUGGUGAAUGAAUGGAGCUGCCGUGAUCUCAGUUCUAACAGCACCUCAGCUUAUAGCAUCCAGCCUGGAAGUGCCAAACGGAAAGAUUCCCCCUCUGAAGGAACCCAGAAAGCUGCUGAGGACAGCAAGCAGAACCACCUCGCUGUGUUCUCAGUGGUUCACCCACUGGCUCCCAGCAUAAGCUCCAGUGUGGCAUCUAGCCUGGCAUCCAGCACUGGCUCGGGUAGCUCCUCCCCCACCACGCUGCCUACCCUUCCUGCCCGUGCCCUUCCACUGGAUCCAGCUGGCAAUACUGUGGAGGCAGUCAUAGGUUCUGCCUUAGAUCUCCGUCUUAGUGACAUAAACAUCGCAUCCUUAGAUAAAGACUUAGAAGAGCAGGACCCUGGACUGACAGGUCCCAGGUCGCUGGCAGGCUCAGCACCCGUCACCAUUCCGGGCUCCCUGCCCCGCUCGCCAUCCUUGCACUCGUCCUCAUCCCUGUCCACCUCCCCACUCAGCUCGCUCUCCCAGUCCCUGUCGGGGCCACUCGUCUCCUCGGCCAUGACGCCCCCCCAGCAGCCACCACCCCUCCGGUCGGAGCCGGCUACGCUGGGCUCUGCAGCCUCAUCUUACAGCUCUUUAGGUUUGAACGGCGUCCCUGGGAGCAUCUGGGACUUUGUUUCUGGCAGCUUCUCUCCUAGCCCAUCCCCCAUUCUGAACUCUGGCCCCUCGGCUUCCUCAAGUGCAAGUCCAAACAGUGCUGAGCUGGCACGGGUCAGGAGACAGCUAGAUGAGGCCAAGAGGAAGAUCAGGCAGUGGGAAGAAUCUUGGCAGCAAGUGAAGCAGGCCUGUGAUGCCUGGCAGAGAGAGGCUCAGGAGGCCAAGGAAAGAGCCCGUGUGGCGGACAGUGACCGGCAGCUGGCCCUGCAGAGGAAGGAAGAGGUGGAGGCCCAGGUGAAACAGCUGCAGGAAGAAUUAGAGGGCCUGGGCUUGUCCUCACUGCCAGGGCUUCGGAGCUUGGGUGACAUCAGUGACAUCCCUCUCCCUAAGCUGCAUUCUCUCCAGAGCCAGCUGCGCUUGGACUUGGAGGCUGUGGAUGGGGUGAUCUUCCAGCUCCGUGCCAAACAGUGUGUGGCCUGCCAGGAGCGGGCCCAUAGCACUGUUCUGCGGCCCUGCCAGCACCGUGUCUUAUGUGAACCGUGUGCAGCCAGUACCCCUGAGUGCCCCUACUGCAAGGGCCAACCCCUCCCAUGGUGACCAGAGCCAGACCCAUCCCUUCCCUGGUGAGCAGUACAAAGGCCUGGGCAUGCCACGUGCCACUACUGUGUCGAAACUUGCCUCCAGUACCCCACACCAGGAUGUGAGUUCAUGCCCACUGGCCAACAGCCUUUCAUAUUACUUUUUCUUCCCUACCAUCUCCCACCAUCGCUGUCAAGGUAUUAUCAAAAAACCUUAGAAGCAUCACCAAGCCCACUGCCUGUCCCCUAGGCAGGUGGCAUGUUUUCGGUGCCCUCAGUCCUGAGGCUGCUGUGGCCAGGCCAAUGGGAGGUCAGGCCUUGUCAAAGCACUUUGUAAACCGAGGAAUUAAUUAGACAUUAUAAAUUGUAUAAGCUG